CGAUUUGCCAGCAUGGACGCAUCCACUGUGACGUACCUCUUCGGCGGCGUCGUCGUACUGCUCGCCGGCGUCUGCAUCGCCAACUGCAUCUACAUGCGCCGCCAUCCUGAGGCCACUGGCCUCGGCGAAGCGCUCCUCAACCGCAACUUUCUCGAGUUCAUGCCGGGCCUCAACCGCCGCGACGUCGAAGAGCUGACGCUCGACAUGGAACGCUGGGAGUGCUCGGUCUGCGCCUUUAUGAACCUCGUGACCAAGCCGAUCUGCAGCCUCUGCAGCACCCACCGAGACUACCGCCUCAUUGAGUUUUACUCGGACACGGUGCCGGCGCACGAGCCGGAAAAGCCGUCGCGCUCAAUGAGCCAGCGCGCGUCCAAGUCGUUGCAGCGACAAACGUCCAAGUCGUUCCAGCGGCUCUCCAUGCGCAAGCAGUGGACGCGGCAACUGGACACGAAGGGCAACGUCGUCUGGGCGCGCCACUUUCUCGACACGGAAGAAUGCCCCGCGUCCUUUGUGAUUCAAACGGGUCCCAUCCGCCACGAAGUCGGCGAUUCCAAUGGUCCGGACGUGUCGGUGACGGUCAUCAUCCACGACUCGACGACGCUCGGCUCGGCCGAGACGCCGGGCUUGGACGCGAUCCAAACCAUUGCCUGGGUGCCCAUCGAGGGCAUCAACGCUGCGACGACCGUGACCGGUCUCCGUCUCUUGCCGUCGACCUGGUCGUCGCUGCUGCCGAUUUCUCGGCUUCCAUUUUCACUCAAGUAUGCGUGGUUUCUGCACCAAGUGUCGGACCUCAUCGUGCCCUACGCCGACUUGCACAUUCAAACCAAAGUCCAGCGGGCGCGGGUCUUUGAGGAGGCGCUCGAGAACCUCUUGGGCAUCAAGGGCCAAGGGCUCUGCGCGAUCAUUCGCUACAACUUCAUCGGCGAGUCCGGCCUCGACGCCGGCGCGAUCCAGCGCGAGUGGUAUACGCUCGUGGCACACGCGCUCUUGCACGAAGAGUCGGGUCUCUUUACGCUUUCCAACCGCGACGACAACUCGUACUUUAUCAACCCCAACUCGGCCCACGACACGAGCCAUUUGGACGUGCAACUCGAGCACCUCGAACUCUUCCGCGCGGCGGGCCGCUUCAUCGGACGCGCGCUCCUUGACGGCCAAGUGCUGCCGAUCCAGCUCAGUCCCGUCCUCUUCAAAGCGCUCCUGGGUGUUCCCAUGACCCUCGAUGACGUUGAAAGCCUCGACAAGACGACGUAUACGAGCUUGCAAUACAUUGUGCAAAACGAUCGCGUCGACGACCUGGCGCUGACGUUCUCGGUGACGCAGUGCUUUGGCGACCGCAUGCUCGAAGUCGACUUGAUCGAGAAUGGACACGAGAUGGCCGUGACGGACGCCAACAAGCACGAGUACAUUGCGCUCAUGGUCCGACACUUGCUCUUUGGCCGCGUCGAGACGCAGCUGUUGGCGCUCAUCGAAGGCGUCUACGAUGUCCUGCCCCCCGAGCUGCUCACGGCCUUUGACCACAAGGAGCUCGAGCUCAUUCUCUGCGGCCUCCACGAAAUCGACUUGGCCGACUGGCAGGCCAACACGGUCACGUCAUCCAAUCUCGACAAUACGCCCGUGCUCGAGUGGUUUUGGAACAUUGUGUCGAGCCUGCCCCAAGACGACCAAGCCAAGCUACUGCAGUAUGCAACGGGUGCGUCGCGCGUGCCAGUCCAGGGCUUUAAAGGCUUGACGAGCUACGACGGCAAGAUCUGCUACUUUACGUUGAAAGGGGUCGCGUACAAGCAAGGCGUCUACCCCGUGGCCCACGCGUGCUACAACCGCAUCGACCUGCCUCUGUAUCCGAGCGAAGAGCUUCUGAAAGAUGCUCUCAAGACGCUCCUCCUCUCGGACCCGACCGGCUUCAACAUCGAGUAG